AAUGCCUCUCUUUCAUCAUCAAUUGCAUCGCCGCCUGGGACAGCACAGAAUAAGACCUCAAGUUCAGGAGAUGCUGUGAAAACUGAGAUCACUGAGCUUGAUGGCCUGGGUUUUAUGGAAGAUGUUCCUGGUUCACUUGGUAAAUUACUAUUACCUCCUUCCAAAGAGAUCAAGUGCUUGGAGAGCAUUGUUUUUUCAUCCUUCAAUCCUCCACCGAGCUAUAGAAGGCUUGUAGGUGACUUAAUUUAUUUGGAUGUGCUGACAUUGGAGGGUAAUAAAUAUUGUAUUACUGGAACCACAAAGAUAUUUUAUGUUAAUUCUAGCACUGGGGAUGUCCUUGAUCCUAGGCCAAGUAAAGCUGGUUUAGAAGCAACUACCCUAGUUGGACUUUUGCAAAAGAUUAGCGCUAAGUUCAAAAAAGCUUUUCGUGAAAUAUUGGAGAAAAAGGCUGCUGCUCAUCCUUUUGAACAUGUUCAAUCACUUUUGCCACCCAACUCAUGGCUCGGAUUAUAUCCUGUUCCGGAUCACAAGCGUGAUACAGGCAGAGCAGAGGAUGCACUAAUACUUUCGUAUGGCAGCGAGCUGCUUGGUAUGCAAAGAGAUUGGAAUGAGGAAUUGCAAUCUUGUAGGGAAUUUCCCCACACAAAUCCUCAGGAGAGGAUGUUGCGGGAUAGAGCUCUUUACAAAGUGACUUCUGACUUUGUUGAAGCAGCAAUUGGUGGAGCUAGCGGAGUCAUUGGUAGAUGUAUACCACCCAUCAAUCCAACUGAUCCGGAGUGCUUUCACAUGUAUGUUCACAACAACAUAUUCUUCAGUUUUGCUGUCGAUGCGGAUCUUGAACAGCUCUCCAGGAAAUGUGCAUCUGAUGGUGAUUCAAGUGCUGAUAAUACAAAUACAUAUGAAAGGGUGGCUGGUAACUUACUGCGUGGAGAAUCUGGAACUUCAAAUGCAGCAGUAUGUGAUGGAAUAACUGUAGUAGAACCAAAUGGUGAUGUAGACCUGUCUCAAGUGCCUACUGAGACUCAGUUAGCUGAAAGCGAGCAGGCUACUUAUGCCUCUGCAAAUAAUGACUUGAAAGGCACCAAGGCAUUCCAGGAAGUUGAUGUCCCUGGACUGUAUAAUCUGGCUAUGGCCAUAAUUGAUUACAGAGGUCAUAGGGUGGUGGCACAGAGUGUAUUGCCUGGAAUUCUUCAAGGAGACAAAUCAGAUUCCCUUUUGUACGGUUCUGUUGACAAUGGUAAAAAAAUAUGCUGGAAUGAAGAGUUCCAUUCUAAGGUGCUGGAGGCUGCCAAACGCCUUCAUAUAAAGGAACACACAGUUCAUGAUGGAUCUGGAAAUAUUUUUAAAUUGGCUGCUCCAGUUGAAUGCAAGGGCAUUGUCGGUAGUGAUGACCGGCAUUAUCUUUUAGACUUGAUGAGAGUGACUCCUCGUGACGCAAAUUAUACUGGACCUGGAUCCCGAUUUUGUAUCUUAAGACCAGAACUAAUUACCACUUUUUGCCAGGCUGAAGCUGUAGAAAGAGCAAAUUGUAAGCCGAAAUCAGAUGGUGAUGCUGGUGGGGCUGCUGAUCCUUCAGAAGCUGCUGCUGUUAGAGUUGUGGAUGGAGCAGAGGGUAGUGUAACCCCAAUUUUUGACAAUGCCCUGCAUCUGACACAAGAGAGGAAGACAGAGCCUGUCCAAGAAUGUAAUUCUGGUGACUCUGGACCUGUAGAAAGCUCUGAACCAAAUGGGGAUAUAUUUUUCAACCCCAAUGUUUUUACCGACUUUAAAUUGGGUGGAACUGAAGGGGAGAUAAUAGCAGAUGAAGAAAAUGUGAGAAAAGCUAGUUUAUAUCUUGUGGAAGUUGUUCUUCCGAAAUUUAUUCAAGAUCUUUGCACCCUUGAGGUUUCACCUAUGGAUGGCCAAACAUUAACUGAAGCUCUUCAUGCUCAUGGAAUUAAUGUUCGAUACAUUGGAAGGGUUGCAGAAGGAACUAAGCAGCUACCUCACCUGUGGGACCUUUGUGUCAAUGAGAUUAUAGUCAGGUCUGCAAAACAUGUUCUCAAGGAUGUUUUGAGAGAUACUGAGGAUCAUGAUCUUGGACCUGCAUUAUCACAUUUUCUGAAUUGUUUGUUUGGAAGUUGUCAAACUGUUGGUGGGAAAGUUGCUGCCAUGCAUUCCAGAGGCCAGAAGAAAGAACAACCAGGUCAGUAUUCAAGCAAGGGUUUGAAGGGCCAAAGCAGGGGAAAGGCAAAAUCACCAAGAAAGAGUUAUUCCUCUUAUAUGAAUGUUAGCUCAGAUAAGCUGUGGUCUGACAUUCAGGAAUUCUCAGAACUGAAGUAUCGGUUUGAGUUGCCAGAUGACGCAAGAGCACGAGUCAAGAAAAUUCAUGUUAUACGGAACCUCUGCCAGAAGGUGGGCAUUACCAUCUCUGGCCGCAAAUAUGAUCUUACUGCUGCAACCCCUUUUGAAGCAUCAGAUGUAUUGAAUCUUCAACCAGUGGUUAAACAUUGUAUUCCUGUAUGUACGGAAGCUAAAGAUCUUGUGGAAAUGGGAAAAAUUCAGUUGGCUGAGGGUAUGCUUAGUGAAUCAUUUGCACUUUUUACGGAGGCACUUCAAAUGUUCCAACAGGUGACUGGUCCAGUGCACCGAGAAGCUGCUAACUGCUGCCGGUAUCUUGCCAUGGUUAUGUAUCAUGCUGGGGAUAUGUCUGGAGCCAUAUCGCAGCAGCACAAGGAACUAAUCAUAAAUGAACGAUGUUUAGGCUUGGAUCACCCUGAUACUGCUCACAGUUACGGCAAUAUGGCUCUUUUUUACCAUGGACUCAAUGACCAAGAGACCGCUCUACGGCACAUGUCUAGGGCAUUGCUCUUAUUAAGUUUAUCGUCUGGCCCAGAUCACCCUGAUGUUGCUGCUACUUAUAUAAAUGUAGCAAUGAUGUACCAGGAUCUGGGAAAGAUGGACACAGCUCUCCGCUACCUGCAGGAGGCAUUGAAAAAGAAUGAGAGGCUUCUGGGCCCAGAACAUAUUCAAACGGCUGUAUGCUAUCAUGCACUAGCUAUUGCAUUCAACUGUAUGGGUGCAUUUAAACUCUCUCAACAGCAUGAGAAGAAAACCUAUGAUAUACUUGUCAAACAGCUUGGUGAAGAGGAUUCAAGG